UCAGUUUUUUUCAAGAUGGCGAACGUGCGGGAUAGCGACAUUUCUCUGUGGCUCCACAAUAAGCUUGGUACAUCAAAUGAUUCAUGGAUAAGUGGUUCAAUUACGUCUCAAUUGAAUAAAGAAGUGCUAAGGAACAUCAAGGAGUGUUUUCCGGAUUUACAGACCCAGGUUAAGCUGAAACUGCUGUUAAGUUUUUUCCAAAUUCCGCGACGGAUCGUCGAAGAGUGGAAAACCGAACUAGAGGAAGUAAUUGAAGUUGCUGGUCUCGACUCAGAACUAUGGGUGUCCAUGAUAGCAGAAACGAUAAAAACCUUCCCGACUACUGGGUCUUUGAACACGGAAAUCUCAGACUACGAAGAAACGCGCCCAAUUUUCACAGACAUGGUCAACGAAUUGCGAAGGUUGGUGGUGAAAAAUGCCGAUCUCGGUAUGCUUCCCCUGGAAUGCCAGUAUCUCAACAAAUCGACGCUUGUUUCUGUGGUCGGGCAGCAAGCAACGCCAGUGAAACAUUUUACGUUAAAGCGUAAACCGAAAAGUGCCGCCCUGCGUGCGGAGCUGCUGCAAAAGUCUUCCGAUGCACAGAGCUGCCUCAAGAAGAUAUCUGCACCAACAGUGCCUUUACGGUCGCGUGGCAUUCCACGGAAAAUGACCGAUACGACACCCCUUAAAGGUAUCCCAUCACGCGUACCUACCGGUGGCUUUCGCUCACCUCCGACUACACCUGGUCAAACGCGGCCGGCAAUGAGCAGAACGCCAGCCGGAAGGAAAGACGGAGGUAUCAAGCUGCUCGAGAUCGGCGAGCAACCGUUAGGAUAUGCGGCUGCGAAAAAACGCAAACGAGAGCAGGAGAAAGAAGAACAGGCAAAGAAGGUUGCGGAACAACAGAGUCAAAGUGCAAACGAUACGAAAUCGACCACAAUCACGGCGACUACAUCCAGCCCAACGGUUACGACAACGCCCGAUUAUGCAGCUGGUUUGUCUGCGCCCUCGACAGUGUAUAGUCAGCCUGCAACACCAAUGCCUGCCACGUCCGGCAGCAAGGAUGCGUCCUCUAGUGUGAUGUCAACGUCUGUGGCAUCCAGUACAUCGCAAGCCCAAGUUCAGCAGCCACAACCACAACAGCAGCAACCAACACCUUCCCCCCAGACGCCGCUUCAACCGCCACAGCGGCUGCCGCAACAAACGCAACCGACAAUAACAACUUCUCAGCAAUCUCAGCAACAACAAACGCCCUCUCAGACAACAUCUACAGUGGUCGAUGAAGAGGAAGAGGUUGAGAUGAAAGACAUCAAGGCGGAAUCCAUUAGUUUAUCCACACCCGUUACUAUACCGGUUAGUGCGGUGCCAAGUGUAAGUUCGGCACCACCACCAUUGGCAUAUCCUGCCACGAAAACAAUAUCAGCAACAGUCAUCAAAACGGAACCCAGCGGUGUUGGAGCCGGUACGGUUGGCAGUUCUAUGGUCACUUUAUCAUCGCAGCCCCCAUCGUUGGUGCGAACUGUUCCUUUGACACCGAAACAGGCUAAAUCGGUACUACAAACGCAAUCGGGCUCGACGGGUGGUGUUCAGAUAAUUCAAAAAUCCACAGGCAAAACGAUCAGUGCAGCUGCGGCAGCUGCUGCAGCAGUAACGAGCACCAGCAACACCAAUGCGCAGCAGAAAAUUGAAAUCAUAUCGUCUGAAUCGAUCGUUCCCGGAACGUUGCACGCUUCCAUUCCAAAAUCCACGACCAUUAUCAAUCGUGGUGGAAAUAUACUGUUCACUACGAAGCAGGUGCAACCCGGCACGACAACAGCUGCCGGAGGAGCUACAAUAAUACAGCAAAAAACGCCACUAACAUCGUACGUUCUCAAUACGACCUCGCCCGGAAAGCAGCUUAACAUACAGCGGAUAGUUUCGAACGCCAGUUCCGCUGGAACGCCUAGCUUGACUACAACCAUCUCACGUGCGCCACAUCAGCAACAAUUGCUGCAACAGCAAUCGCAACAAAUACAAGUACAAGGACAACAGUCGGCUACGCAGCAGACAAGGAUUGUACAAAUUAAAACAGCCCCUACAGUGUCGCUUAAUAACAACCAGCUGAUGCAAAAUAUUCCGCCACUAAUAUCUACCCAGAUUCCGGCCGGUUCAAACCAGCCAACGAUACUAAACAUUCAGUCCAUGCAACAACAGCAAGGACAACAGAAUCAGUUACAAAUUACACCGACAGCAGUGCCCCAGAAGCGAACGAUCACAAUUACGGCGCAAAACCCGCCGACGGCUGGUAUGACCACUUCCGUCGCCCAGAUCCUUCAGCAUCAGCAGCAGCUGCAGCAGCAACAACAGCAGCAACAGCAGCAGCAAGCAUUGCAAGCUACUGCUGCAGCUGCAGUCGGCCAACAACCAAAGUACACGCAAGUGGUUAUGCCGCCGAAUGUUAAAGGAAACACCUACUACGUAACGAAUGCCGCCAAUGUGUCGAAUGUGCUUAAUCAAAAGGGUGUCAUUAUACAAACAGUGGACGCAUCGGGCAACACCGUGUAUCAACAGAUUCCGUUGCAAAACGUGUCCGGUUUAAGCGGUGCCACAAUACUGACGGGACCGCCAGGACUGAUCAAAACGGAGUCGGAAACCAAGCUGAGCCAAAUUCCUGCACUGGUACCGACCAGCUCAUUGCAUCAAAAUAUUCCGGCCCUAACACCCGUCGUAAUUCAACCCAGUGGAGGGCAACAGCAGGGCACUACCGUGGUACAGCAGCAGCAACAGCAAGGUGCAACAAUACCGGCACUGAUAACGAACAUUUCACAGCAGCAGGUGCAACAGCAGCAACAGCCGCAGGUAAAGCAGCAGGUGAUUUUCCGUCCUGUCGGUGGCGCGAACAAUGUGCAAACAAUAUUGCCGCAAGGCAUAACGCUUAUUCAGCGGCCAGGCGGUCAACCAAAGCUAGUGCAAACGAUUCAGCAAACGGCGGGCGCCGGUCAACAGCAGCAGUUGCUAAAGGCGGCAACUACUGCCGGCCAGGCAGGCCAACGUACGAUUAUCACGCAAAUACCCCAGCAGCAACAGCAGCAGGCUCAGCAACAACACACGAUUCAGUUCCAGGCGCCGGGAUCACAGCGUACAGGCGGUACUACUAUUCAGCUAGUCCAGCAACCGCAACAGCAAGGCCAAACCCAACAAAUACAGGUACAGCGUGCCCAACUGAAGCAGGUUCAGCAGCAACAGCAGGGCACUACGGUUACGAUACAGCAGCAGUCUCAAGGCAGUGGACAGCAACAGCAAUCACAACAAGCGCAGCAGCAACAAGCGGGCGGUCGGAAAGGACUUUCAAUAUCCAGCAAGUAUUACAUGGAAGCACACGAUAUGUUUAAACGGGCUAACUGCGUGUCACGAUUAGAAAAGGCUAUAAUUAUCGGUUUCAUGGCUGGCUAUCGAAACAAUCCUAGGCCUUCACCGGAAAACAUCGUCACCAUCAAAUUAAAUGAAAGUGUUGAAAAAGUGCACCAAGACGAUAGGACAGCUCUGAUGCUGGUAGAGUCGCUCAUCACGCUCGACUACAACACGGGUCAGUGGAGAACAUUCCGAAAGUAUCGUGAAGUCGACCAAUCGCAACAGCUCGCGGAAAGUGUUAGCAGUGACACAACAGCGACUGGUGCCGGCAAUACUGCUACGAGCGGAGGUAGCGGGACGACUGCAUCCGCUGGGCAGCAAAAUUCAGUAGUUAUUUAAUAUUUAGCAUAGGGUGCACCAAAAACAGUAGCGAACCACAACAAGUAAUAUGAAUGGGCCGGCUGUUUGUAGUCGUACGGCGCAUGUAGUCCUUUUGUUGAACGUGCACGAAGGGGCACACGUGUUUACCGCUGGCCGUUGCUGUGCAGCUAUCUAUAUCAAUCGUGAAAUAGUGAUUAAUGGUAUAACAACAUGCGUACCGAGUAGGUGAUAAACUUGCAAUCGGCGGUGAUGCAAAUGUGAACACUGUUAGGCAAAUUAUGAAAGUAUGUAAGUAGUAUAUAUUUGUAUAGAAACAUAAUGUAAUAAUGCCACCAUAAUAGGUUUGCAAGAUAAUAGAAGCUUUUGCCGAGCGAUUCUAAGAAUCAAGCACCUUGUUUGUACCGUGAAAUUUAACAAACAGUUCGAUGAGUUUUGGAAAUGUUUAGUCUAUUAGUUUUUAGCGAGAGCAUCAUUUGAGCGCUGUUUACCUAUCGAAAGAUAUUUUGUAUAAAGUGAUGUGUAUACUAGUUUUUUUUGAGUUGUUUUCUAAGAUUAUACCAGUACACAGCUUAGUGAGAUGGGUUCCAUAAAUUAUGUACAUAAUGAACAAACAUGGAAAUGAGUGCAGAAAAGGUUUAGCAACUCAGCAGCAGAGCACUUGCGGGGGGAAUACGCAGCUUGUAGGGAUUGCGAACAAAACACGGUGUUUAUUGAGCAUUUGUUAGGAGCUUUAGCGAUUUAGUCAGCUUGCGUUCGGUAGCAUACAACGUGUGAGGAAACUACGUCUGUGUGUGUGUGGUUUUUUUUUUUUCAUUAAUAACUGCAACUGUAGGUAUUUUAAAAUCCUUUUCUCAUUCUUAUCAUGUGCCGGCGUCAAUGGACAUCUCGUAGUUUAUGUUGAUUCCCACAUUCUCAAGACAAUAGAAUAUUAAUAGGGGUGUUUUGCUUUAAGUGAUAGUUGUCUUUCAAUUUUGUUUUAAUGUAACAAAAGUUCAUAUGUAUAAACUAAACGCAUUUUAGUUCACAAGGGAAGAUAAGUGUUGUUACGAAUUAUUAUUUUAGCGUCUGUAUCAAAUUUAAAAAAAGAGAUAUCGAAAUA